AUGCCAAUCAUCGACAAGAGAGUAGUAAGGUUCAAUAUGCGCCAGAUUCCUGCCAAUACGUUGAAUAACACGGGUGCAGAGGAAUUCCUCGGCAGUAAGAUUCCUGCUAAUCCUCUUACCUAUCCAUCUCAAACUCACCAGUGGCUGCCUCCACUUCUUGCUGUCUACAAGGUCAAUUGGGACUCUGCUGUGGAUAAAGUGCAUUGCAAAGUGGGAAUUGGGGCAAUAUUUCGAGACUGGGAAGGAAGAGUUAUAGCGUGUAUGAGGAUGUGCAGGCCUAUACAUCUUGAUCCUUAUCUGGUUGAGGCUUUUGGUGCCCUGCAAUCAGCAAUUAUGGCUGUUGAUAUUGGUCUGAAACAUAUCUACCUUGAAGGGGAUGCAUUGAACGUUAUAAAUGAUAUUAAUGGCAACAAAGAAAGCUGGGGCCAAACUGGAUUACUUGUUCAUGAUGUUCAACAAGUGAUGAAGAGAUUUGAUUCAACUACUGUUAAUUUUAUUCCUAGAAGUUGCAACAAUUUGGCUCAUUGCCUAGCUAAAGAUGCACUCAAUGUUGUUGAUAUCCUUGUCAAUCUUGAGGAUGUUCCAUCUUAUAUUACAUCAUUAUUAUAA